AUGGCUCCAGAUACUGCCCCAAAGAAGGAUCCCCGAGCUUGGGAUGCCUUGACUCCUCCUCUGGCAGAAUGGAUUCUCGAUGCAAUUACCGCCAUGGGCUUUGGCAAAAUGACUCCUGUUCAAGCCUCAACGAUACCCCUCUUCGCAGGGAAUAAAGACGUCGUGGUAGAGGCUGUAACUGGGAGUGGGAAGACUCUUGCUUUCCUCAUUCCUGUAAUUGAAAAGCUACUGCGACUUGAGGAGCCCGUCAAGAAACAUCACGUCGGAGCAAUUAUUGUGUCCCCAACCCGAGAACUUGCGACACAGAUACACUCUGUCCUACUUUCCAUACUAGCCUUUCACGAACCUUCUUCGCAAGCAUUGAAUCCAUCAGAAGAAGGCAAUGCCAAAAGAUCCACGUCGACUCUUACCGUCCUUCCCCAGCUCCUGCUUGGAGGCACUACUACACCGGCACAAGACCUCAGCAGGUUUCUGAAAAAUAGCCCGAAUCUUCUAAUCUCUACUCCUGGGCGACUGUUAGAACUUCUUACCUCUCCGCACGUCCACUGCCCUCAAUCUUCAUUCGAAGUCCUUGUCUUAGACGAGGCAGAUAGGUUAUUGGAUCUCGGAUUCAAGGAUGACCUACAGAAAAUACUUGCUCGUCUACCAAAACAGAGAAGGACGGGACUUUUCAGUGCAAGUGUUAGCGAGGCAGUUGGAGAGAUUGUUCGAGUCGGUCUUAGAAACCCAGUCAAGAUUGCUGUGAAGGUCAGAGGGGCUUCUGGAGAUGACAACAGGACGCCAGCCAGCCUACAGAUGUCGUACUUGCUGACUCCUCCAACUCACAAAUUCCCCGCUCUGAUAUCACUACUAUCGAAGUUGGAUCCUACACCUCAAAAGAGUAUAGUGUAUCUCUCGACAUGCGCUGCAGUCGACUACUUUCAACAUAUACUCUCCGCCCUAUUGCCAGACCAGUUUUCCUUGAUACCACUUCAUGGAAAACAUCCACCAAAUGUGCGCCAGAAGAAUUUCGCAAGAUAUAUCAGCGCCGUCAGCCCCACCAUCCUACUCACUACAGAUGUUGCAGCAAGAGGGCUUGAUAUACCGCAAGUCGACUUAGUCGUGCAGAUAGAUCCACCAUGUGAUCCCAAAGUAUUCAUCCACCGAUGUGGGCGUGCAGGGCGAGCAGGGAGGAAAGGACUAAGUGUCAUCUUCCUCCAACCAGGUCGAGAGGAAGACUACAUCCCAUUCCUCGAGAUCAGAAAAACUCCAAUUGCCCUUCUCAAAAAACCAACAAUUUUCGUAACGGAUGAAGAUGUAAACAAGACGAUUUCCAAGAUGCGAAAAGAAGUCUUGGCUGAUCGAGCACUUUACGACAAAGGUCAGCGAGCUUUCGUCAGCUGGGUUAGAGCAUAUUCGAAGCACCAAGCUAGCAGUAUUUUCCGAGUCGCAGAUCUUGUUUGGACUGAACUCGGCAACUCCUGGGGCUUGAUACGGCUACCAAAGAUGCCAGAGCUUAAAAAAUGGGAAGGGGAUAAGAGUCUGGGUGUCAAGGUAGACAUGUCAGAAUAUGCCUACAAAGACAAAGCUCGUGAAAAGGCGAGAAGGGUGGCAGUGGAAGAGGAGAAGACGAAAGCCCCUUAUGUGCCAAGUGAAGAGCAGAUCAAGAAGCGGAAGGAGAGAGAGGCUUGGAGUCACAAGCAUGAGCAACAAGAUGAGAAAGAGGCUAGGAGAGAAAAGAAGAGGAGGAAGAAGGAAGCAGAGAGGUUGGCUGUGAUGACAGAAGAGGAGAAGGUUAAGGAGAGAGAGUUGCAGGACCUCAUUGAGCAAGUCAAGCGAAAGAAGCUGGAGGAAGAAGAUGAGUUUCAGGGCUUUGACGAUUGA